ACUUGUUUCUGCUGGUGUCUCUGCAAAUGCCUCAAAAUGGUCUUUCGAGAUCGGACGCCUGCUGAAGCUAAGUGUUGCUGGAAGUGGUGCUGUGUUCCCGGCUCAUAUCCUAAUACUCUGGGCAAGAACAUUGGCGGAUUUCUCUCUGGGUGCAUACUUGCUUUCAUCUUCUACUUCAUCUUUAUCUUCAUCAUUGGUUAUGACUGGAAAAGGGCGCUCACAACCACUUCUAUUCUUGGAUUCAUAUUUUGUUUUGGAUUGGCCUUUUCUUCGAGGGUGCGGUGUAUAGUUAUGCUCAUGCUGCCGCAAUUCUUUACAGGCAAAGGACGCGUGAUUCUGAUGGCGUAUGGCUACAUCCUUCUUCUCGGUGGACCUCUGGCAAACCUUACCUACAACCUAGAUGCAGCCAGCAGGGCCCAAGCUUGUGGAAGAGCCCUAGCCAUGAACCAAUCAUCCACCAUCUUUCAGAUUGUCACAUCCCCUCUAUCCGGUAUCGUUGAUGGUGUAAAGGACAUGAUAGAGACAGUGAAGACGCUGGUUAAAAAGGCCCAUGAUGCAUUCAUGGCGCUUGUUGACGCUGUUAAAGCUAUCGGUGAUGCGAUCCAAGCUUUCUUUGAUUGGUUAGAUGGCAUGGUGGAUAGAUGUAAUGAGAGAAUGGGCAGACCAAGGGAUAUAUGCUACGAUAAGUUCGAGGAAGGAGAAAGGAAAUGCAGGAAAAAGGGGCUAACAUUUGUCUGCAACAUCGUUGAUCUGACAAGUAAACUUUGUGAGGUUGCUGCCAUGGGCCAGCUUCUCUGUUUUUUCCCGAUGUUACUCAACUUAGUUGUUACCAAGGCAACAACAGCCUUCGACGUAGCCGUGGAAAAGUUAGAGGAACAGUUUUACGUCGAUUUUGAGUUCACGCACGAAUUCUCUCUCAACCGAAACUUCUCGAAGUCAGCUGAUGAUAUCAAAGAAGCUAUAAUGGAGGAGAUUGGAGGAAGGACCUCAACCAUCAGAACAGUCCUUUAUUGGGUUAACUACUUUCUAUCUUUUACUGUCGCAUUCCUCUUUCUAAAAGCAAUGAAGUACAGAGCAAGUUACCUGACAAAGGAUAAAUUCGACAACGUAUACAUCACGGAUCAGUUUGUGAGAUUGGAAGAAAAACGUCGGGCAAGGAAAAAAUUUACUUUGUUUCCACUCACCGACCGAGAAACGCGAUAUUAUGUUAGACCUUUCUCGCUCCGUCUGGCGAAGAGUGAACGUAAGAAGAUGUUUAGAGGAUUAGUGAUGUGGUUCUACCAAGCAGGUUAUGCUCUAAUGCUCGUAUCUGCAGAUGUAUCUGCAUUCUCUUUCCUAACUGUCAUUCGUGAAAAGGUCGAGAUGAGCGUAAAGCAAGGAUAUUAUAAUUUUAUCCGAUUGACAGUGCCAGGAACUGUGCAUCUGAUUGUACAAGGGGAUGGAUUACUCUCGGAUGUCUACAGAGUCUUGGUCAAGGCUCUUGAUCCUGCCUCCCAUGCUAAUAUCACCAUAGAUACAACAAAGUGUCUACCAGCGGCAAAUCCUCCCGAUCUAUUCUCAUACUAUCAAAUAGGGGGCAUAUUUCUUGUGUGCCUUCUGCUGGUACUGACCGAAUCUUACGGCCGAAGACUUCGCCGGGUUGCCGCUGCAUACUACUACCCUGAGAGGGAGAAACUGCGAGUAGUAUGGCUGUACAACCAUAUCAUGAGGAAACGUGGUGGUUUGGUGGAAGCUCUUAAAAUGAAGUUUCAGAGACAGGGGCCAGACAAGACACAGGAAAAUAUUGGAUUCAGGAGCAAGUUGGCAUCCAGUUACCGUAUUUGUCGAUUGUUUCUCGGCCUCUGUGGGUAUGAUCGAAAGUUUUGUAUUGAGUGUGGACUUCCCGGAAAACCAGAUGAUCAAACAAACUUCAGGGACUGUGGCACUCCAGAUUGCAACGCUAUCUACUGUUUAGAAUGCAUUGCUGAGAUCAACAACAUGUGCACGUUAUGCAUGGGACCAGUGGAGUAUAUUGAAUAUUCAGACUUCAGCGAAGAAAAAGAUUCAAGUGAUGAUGACUACGCAUAUAGGAGAAAGCAUGUCUCUAAUACUGAUUACCAAGAAGAUAACCAAUACCUUCUUGGAGAUCAUUACGAACAUGACGAUGGUUUUGGUGUACCUGAUUACGGAGACUACACGAUACACAUUGAUGAUGACGAAUUCAUCGCUGAUGGGGACGACAAUGACGAAUAUGAAGAUAUUGAUGACGACGGUGUAUACGAAGACUUAAACGUGGAAUACUACGAACAUGAAUAUGUGUGAGAAAACUUGGAAAAGAUAUGAGUUAGGACUAGUUGGACUUGGACAGUAAGCUUAGAAUUGAACCGUCCAAAAUCAAAUGCAGAGGACAGGUUAGUUUGCGGUACUUGUCUUAUUAGUGAUCUGGGGAGCGUUUCAUCAACAUUUUGUCCAACAAGUUGUCAAGUCUGACAACUUUCCUUGACUAUGAUUGGCUAAGAAGCACUGUUACCAUAGUAACUGUCCGAUGAAACUGUACUUGUCGGAAAAAAUUUCUGACAAGUCCUCUCAUGAAACGCUCCCCGGGUGAGCGGGUUUGUGAAAUCUGACUAGAUUAUAAUGAGGGUGUACUUAUAUUGAUAUAGCAGUGUACGAUAAUUGACGGACAGUAUUCUAUCUUUACAACUCACUUGAGACCUCCAAAAGUAUAGAAUUCUUGGGAGACUGAAAGGACCAGUAUUGGUGACCUCAUGAAUGUUAUUUUCUGAGUCAUACCCCUAGUAAAAGCUAAACAAAUCAAUUAUUUGAGUCGAUACAUCUACGGGGUGGUUUCACCGUCCUUAUUCUUUUUGCAAGGG